UGUCGGCCGUGUCGCCUCGUGUCCUCGUGCAUUUGCUGGGUCUCGUGCUCGUUGCACAUUCGCCACACUCGAUGCCAAAGCAGCAGAUUUUUUCGGAAUGCGUUAAGGAUCAGUUUUGCGCGAAAUACGGUUACGAAAGGUUGCUGACGACAAAGAACCGGCGUCUGAGCAAACAUUCCUCUGUCUUUCUUUGUGCUCCUGCCCUUUAUGUGUGAGUGAGUGUGUGUCCGUGCAGUGGAGAACUUUAACGCGAGAUUGUGCAAAGGUCUGGCGACCUCAUCGAAAUGUAAAUUAACGCCUCCGAGUAAACUGAGAACUGACCUAAGCCAAGGCUCUUCCUACUGUAACUGACCUAGGACAAACCGAACAUUUCUAUGCCAGAGCCUGAAGCUCAUGUAGAACUAACCUAUAGAAUUAACUAUUGCAUAUCUUUGGUACGAAAGGUUUUUCAGAAUACUGUAAUUUUUAUGAGAUUCCAUUAGAGUCUUUGCAGCAUCUGAAAAAUACUAAAUUUGAAUAAGAUAAUACUACAUAAAUUAGAUAAGCUAGUGCAUACUCAUAUAAGAAAUAGCUACAUACAUACAUCACAUACAUAUAUAGGUAUUUCAAUAGACAUGUAUAUAACUAUUCCUAUAAGAUAUACUAUCAUUUGAGUCGCAAUUAAAUUUGUUUUAGGAAGAACCUAACCCAUUCUGCAUUGUGAAUUAUUUCCUCCAAUAAAGUCGAAAUUUUUUAAUCGCUCGCUUAACUAACUAUGGUUGUGAAAUAUAUAAGAGAAGCAGCAGUGCGAAAAAAUUGAAUGAUAUUUGAACUUUACAUCUUGGCAAAUAGUCUAAGCUAUAUUUCUCUGUAAAUUCUGUAGAGUCGCAUUAGCUUUCAAAUCAGUGAAUGUUAAUACGUUCAAUUGUCUUUCGAGCAUAAGAAAACAUUCUCAUAUCAAUACUCAAUGCUAUAAACUAACGGAAUUUCGAAUAAGGUUCAUAGUGUUUGAAUUAAGAAGUGUAUUAUCUAAGCGAAAGUGUAAAUGACGAGUCUAUUCAAUAUCGCGGAAGCUUCCUCAGUCGGAAAGUGUUUAAAGAAGUGAAAAUAUGUUAUUUUGCAUUUAAUUUCAAAACCGCAUCAGAUACUGCAUAAAGAUUGCGCUAAAGAGCUUGGCUUAAGCGGAACUCAGCUUCUCUUUAUGCGCACAGAACAGCCUUGAAAUCAUGAGCUAUCAGAAGGGCCUGAAGGAUCCUAAUUUGGACAGGCACACCACUAAAGGAAAAUCACGACAUUUCACGGUGAACGGCUUGAGUGCUAAUAACACGCUUCAGCAGCAACAGUACAGCUUGCAACAGCAACAGCAGCAACAGCAACAGCAGCAGCAGCUGCAGCCAGCGACUGACACACGCAACAUAUACAACAAUCCCUACAAUCCACAACAACAGCAACAACAACAGCAGCAACAACAACAACAACCACAGCGCACCGCACACCUCUUUAAGGCGCUGGCUGCCUCUGCUGCUGUUAGCGGCAAUAACAGCUUGAGUCAUCCGUAUGACUUCUCCAACUCGUCGUCCUCAUCGAACGCCAACAACGAGCAACAGGGAUCAUCAUCAUCUGAGGCAGAUAACGCGUUUCUAACUCAUAAUAACGGUAAGUAGUAUAACGAAGAAUUA